AUGAUCAUGGCUCUUUCUCUUCGAAUCAUUAUCACUUGUUUUCUCUUAAUCACCGCAACUGCCUCAUCAUCACCACCUCCCGGCGCGGGCUUCACCAUCGAGUUAAUCCAACGUCGCUCUAACUCUUCUUCUUCUCGUCUCGGUGAUGAUGGUUCAUCUCCUUACGCCGAUACCAUCUUCGAAACCAUGAGCUAUCUAAUGAAACUACAAAUCGGUACUCCUCCUGUCGAGUUCGAAGUUGAGCUAGACACAGGAAGCAACCUCAUAUGGACACAAUGUCUGCCUUGUGUCAACUGCUUCAAACAAGACUCUCCCAUCUUCGACCCUUCGAAAUCCUCAAGCUACAAACCCAAAAUAUGCCACGACGGCCCUGACCACUCUUGUCCUUACGCAAUCACCUAUAUGGACGACAGCUAUUCCAUGGGGACGUUAGCGACCGAGACGGUCUCGCUCCAGUCCACUUCAGGCCAGCCUUUUGUGAUGACCGAAACAAUAAUUGGUUGUGGCCACAACAACUCAGGCUUUUUACCGACCGGUUCAGGCAUGGUUGGUCUAGGCUGGGGAGCUUCAUCGCUCAUCUCUCAGAUGGGAGAAAGAUUCUUAUGUCUUUUGUCUUACUGCUUCUCCGGUAAGGGAACUAGCAAGCUCAACUUUGGAAGCAAUGCUAUAGUGGCAGGAGAUGGGACUGUAGCAGCCAAUAUGUUUAUAAAGACAGAGAAGCAAGGUCUCUACUACCUAAACCUAGAAGCGGUCAGCGUUGGAGAUAACCGCAUCGAGACGUUGGGGACACCGUUUCACGCCUUGGAGGGGAACAUGGUCAUAGACUCUGGAACCACUUUCACCUACUUGCCCGGGAGCUACUGGGAACUAGUGAAGGAGGCAGUGGAUAGCGCUGUCAUAACGGAUCGAGUAGAUUUCAUGGGCGACAAGCUUUGUUACAAUUCGGACAGCAUAGACAUCUUUCCGGUGAUCACAAUGCAUUUCUCCGGCGGUGCGGAUCUUGUCUUGGACAAGUACAAUACGUACUUGAGUGAUGGAGGAAUGUAUUGUCUGGCGAUUUUGUGUGCUGAUCCGACGGAUGUGGAGGGGACGUUUGGGAACAGAGCGCAGAACAAUUUUUUGGUGGGUUAUGAUCCUUCUUCACUGCUGGUUUCUUUUAAGCCCACUGAUUGUUCUGCAUUGUGGAAUUAG